UGACCUGACCGGUCAGACCCAACCCGCGGCUCUCUGUCUCGCACGCACGCUCCGGCGCCAUGUCGUGGCUCGCGCGCUCCAUCGCGGCCACCCUCUCCUCGCCGCGGGGCUCCGACGCCGACGAGGCUGACUCCGACCCCGCCUCCGCGCAGAGCGGGGCAGGGCCGGAGGAGGAGGAUUCCUCGCCGCGCGACCGCAGCCCUAACCUGGGCACUGUGUCCGGGGAACCCGAGCAGCCCGGCACGCCGAGCCGCGGCGUCAAGGAUGACAUCUCUGAGCUCACUGAAACGCUCACCCGCCGCCUCUGGGGCGUCGCCUCCUUCCUCGCACCUCCCCCAAGCCCGACGGAGGCCUCCACCCCGCGUGCCGCGAUUCCGGCACAAGGGGAAGAGGAGGGGAUUGAGGAUGGGGAGGAAGCCACGGUGCUGUCCCCCCGGAUUGCGGGGAUUCGCAGCGAUCUGGCAGAGAUUGGCGGAAGGGUGCGGAGCGGCUUCUCGAUGCUGCAGAACAACUUGGCCGUCGCCGAGAUCUCGAAGAUCGCCUCGUCGCUCCUGCCGUUCGGGCAAGGGGAGGCGGAUGAGGGGGAGCCCGUGCCGGGCGUCACCGAGGAGGUGGUGGUGUUUGUCAGGCACAUCUCCACGCGGCCCGAGACAUGGCUCGAUUUCCCCCUCUUCAUCAGCGAGCGCUACGCGGAUGAUUUCGAACUGUCAGAUGCUCAAUACGUGCAUGCACUGUCUAUAGAACACCUUGUGCCAGGCUUAUCAGAUUUAAAGAUUCAGAUUUGCUCUACUGAUAUGACUGAAGCAUGUUUCUGGAAGAUCUACUUUGUGCUUUUGCACUCGAAACUCAAUAAGCAGGAUGCUGAACUUCUUUCAACGCCACAGAUCCUAGAAGCAAGGGAGCAGUUGUUGCAAAGUUUACAGUCUCAGAAUAAGAGGGGAUCCAAGGUUUCUGGUGAAUCAUCAAAGAGUUCAAAUGUGUUCGCUGUUCCUGGUGAAUCAUCAGAGAGUUCGAACGCGUUCGCUGUUCCUGCUGAAGAGAAGGUGAUUGAACCUUCAAUCAUCCGAGAUAAAGCUGACACUCCAGAGAAAUCAUCGUUUGAAGAACCUUCUUCUGAUAUCACGCCUGUAAUAAUGUCCGAAAAAUUCCCAAUUUCAACUACUGAAGUGGAAAUGGUUGACAAGUCAGUGGUUGAGGAAGAGUUGGCUGUGACAAAGGAGAGCAAGGCUUCACCCAUCGAGUCCAAGCUUCGGUUCGAGGCUGACGAAGAGGAAGUCGACGAAUGGCCUGACGACGAUCCUACCGACGAGGUUGGCCAGGCAGGCAACAGAGCUUCACUAGGGCGGGAGGAGGACGUAUCAUUCAGUGAUCUGGAGGACGACGAGGACGACGAUGAUAGGAAUAGAAGGGAUGGGUAAUAGGCAAUAGCCAAGUUGGCAAGGUAAGCUCAUGGUCUGGUCCUGGCGCACACUCAUGAUGAUCCCCGACACUCCGCGCAACCACAUGCUGGCUGGCUUCAUUGGAGUAGUAGGGCCGAGAUCACAUCCAAGGAUCAUUGCUUUGUUAUUAUUAGAGUCCAGAAGUAAUGAAUCCAAGCAGUUGCUCGGUCUUGGAUACCCCCUGAUGCGGUAUCGUCAUAAUAAGCAUGUCUCUUGCCGCCCGUGUUAUUAGUGCUAAUGGCAAGUACUGCAUCUGUAUUAUUGGCCCCGUCCUGUAGUUUGUACAUAGAGCGCGCUCCCGGCUGGGCCUUGUGUAAACCUACCACUACUGUGUCGAUCUGAACUUCGUUCUCGCUGGUCCAUUUCAUGCAAGCAAAUAAUUGAGAUCUGAAUAGCUGAUCUUGAUGAAGAUUGG